AUGCAGCAUGACUUAGAGGCAGGCUUAGAAUCUAUGGGUGAAGCUCUUGCAAAUACAGGAGGGGACACUGCGGCUGUUUCUGAAUUAAACUCAAACUUCACUGACCUCCAAUUAGACCUCGAAAUUACCAAUAUGAAACAAAAAGAAUUAAAAGAGAAUCAAGAUUUACUAUCUACCGAUCUCCAAUCCCUAUGGAAUCAAAUCGAAUUUCUUGUUGGAACAAAAUCUGAUCGUGAAGAGGUAGCAGAUGCUUUACGGGAUAAAGCUGGACUAGGUGCUUUAAAUGGUUUAGUUACCCAUCAACAAUUUGACGCUGUCCGAGGUGAUUUUGAAAAACGUAUUGGAGCUGCAUAUGACAAAUUUAAUAACCAAGAAAUUAUUUGGCAGAAAGCCAUAGAUGAUUUACUAAGAGAAUUGAACGAAAAAGCCGAUUGGGUCCAAGUAGCAUCUUUACGUGACGAUGUCAACGAUAAUCUUGAAAAAUUAAGAAAGAGAGUUGAUGAAAUGAUGAAAGUCGUGGGUGAGCCCCGAGCAGCAGCUAUAUCGAGAACAUUAUUUCAAAAUGCAGCAUGUCUCUCAUGUUCAUCCCCUGCACAUAUGCAAUUAGAGGAACCUAACAUACCAAUCUUGCCAGCUUUUUCGAAAGCUACCCGUCAACCUUCAAUCGGGACAGAUGAUGUGAAACCUAAAGAAGAUGGCGAUCAUGGAAUAUGUUACCCUGGCAAACCUAUCCCCCAUCCCCCAGAUCCCAGAUCGCAUUUCUGUCAACGGUAUUGUGGUGGAUCACAUACAAAAGUAUCUACAACUUUAAAAAAAGCUCCGACAGAAAUAAUAAUUACCCCACAGCGUCAAGUGACACAUGAGAUUGGUUCAGAUGGAAAAGUCUACCGUACCGAUGAACCACAGCAGAAAAGAGUACCUUGUCUACCUUGCAAUUCGCCAGAGAGAAAAAUUUUGCAGCCUCUUGAAAUCGAAACGGGGCAAUCUCGUCAUGAAUUUGGAUCUGAUUCUGACACAACUUCAUUGGAUUUUAUACCUCAAUUGAAGUCUUCGAUGGAACAAGCAAGUGAUAAUGGAUCUAUGAUACCACCACCCACUGUUGAUGAUAAAGGC